GGGGCUCAAGAUGGCUUUAGCCGGGCUCUGCGCCCUGCUCGCCUGCUGCUGGGGGCCGGCGGCGGUGCUGGCCACGGCCGCGGGCGACGUGGAUCCUUCCAAGGAGCUGGAGUGCAAGCUCAAGAGCAUCACGGUGUCGGCGCUGCCUUUCCUGCGCGAGAACGACCUGAGUAUCAUGCACAGCCCCUCGGCCUCCGAGCCCAAGCUCCUCUUCUCGGUACGCAACGACUUCCCGGGAGAAAUGGUCGUGGUGGACGACCUGGAGAACACGGAGCUGCCCUACUUCGUGCUGGAGAUCUCGGGGAACACGGAGGACAUCCCUCUGGUGCGCUGGAGGCAGCAGUGGCUGGAGAAUGGCACUUUACUUUUUCACAUCCACCACCAAGAUGGUGCCCCGAGCCUCCCUGGACAAGACCCAACUGAAGAACCCCAGCAUGAGUCGGCAGAAGAGGAGCUGAGAAUCCUCCACAUCUCAGUCAUGGGUGGCAUGAUAGCGCUGCUGCUGUCCAUCUUGUGCCUUGUGAUGAUCCUAUACACUCGCCGGCGCUGGUGCAAGCGCCGCCGGGUCCCCCAGCCCCAGAAGAGUGCCAGCGCUGAGGCUGCCAAUGAGAUUCACUACAUUCCUUCUGUGCUGAUCGGCGGGCACGGGCGGGAGAGUCUGCGCAAUGCCCGCGUGCAGGGCCACAACUCCAGCGGCACCCUGAGCAUCCGGGAGACACCCAUCCUGGAUGGCUACGAGUACGACAUCACUGACCUGCGCCACCACCUGCAGAGGGAGUGCAUGAACGGAGGGGAGGACUUCGCCAGCCAGGUUACCCGCACCCUCGACUCCCUGCAGGGCUGCAACGAGAAGGCAGGGAUGGACCUCACGCCAGGAAGCGACAAUGCCAAGCUGUCGCUGAUGAACAAGUAUAAAGAUAACAUCAUUGCUACCAGCCCCGUGGACGCCAACCACCAGCAGGCCACUCUGCUUUCUCACACCUCCAGCAGCCAGAGAAAGAGGAUCAACAACAAAGCAAGAGCUGGUUCCGCCUUCCUGAACCCUGAAGGGGAUUCUAGCACAGAGGCAGAAAAUGACCCCCAGCUGACCUUUUACACUGACCCCUCGCGGAGCCGAAGGCGCAGUAGAGUGGGCUCUCCCCGAAGUCCUGUGAAUAAGACCACCUUGACGUUGAUCAGCAUCACCAGCUGCGUGAUCGGCCUUGUGUGUUCCUCUCACGUCAGCUGCCCUCUCGUUGUCAGAAUCACCCUGCACGUCCCCGAGCACCUGAUCGCUGAUGGGAGCCGCUUCAUCUUGCUGGAGGGGAGCCAGCUGGAUGCCAGUGACUGGCUGAACCCUGCCCAAGUGGUUCUCUUCUCUCAGCAGAACUCCAGUGGGCCCUGGGCCAUGGACCUUUGUGCCCGGCGGCUCCUGGACCCCUGUGAACACCAGUGUGACCCCGAAACUGGGGAAUGCCUCUGCUACGAGGGUUACAUGAAGGAUCCAGUGCACAAGCAUCUUUGCAUUCGGAAUGAAUGGGGAACCAACCAAGGGCCUUGGCCUUAUACAAUAUUUCAGCGAGGCUUUGACCUGGUUUUGGGAGAACAGCCUUCUGAUAAAAUAUUCAGAUUCACCUACACCCUCGGGGAGGGCAUGUGGUUGCCCCUCAGCAAGAGCUUUGUGAUUCCACCAGCUGAACUGGCCAUCAACCCAUCGGCAAAGUGUAAGACAGACAUGACAGUGAUGGAGGAUGCUGUGGAGGUCAGAGAGGAGCUGAUGACCUCAUCCUCCUUUGACAGCCUGGAGGUCCUCUUAGAUUCCUUUGGACCAGUCCGUGAUUGCAGCAAGGAUAAUGGGGGCUGCAGUAAGAACUUCCGUUGCAUCUCAGAUCGCAAGCUGGACUCCACUGGUUGCGUGUGCCCAUCCGGACUCAGCCCCAUGAAGGACAGCUCUGGUUGCUAUGACCGCCACAUCGGGGUGGACUGCUCGGAUGGCUUCAACGGUGGCUGUGAGCAGCUGUGUCUGCAGCAGAUGGCGCCCUUCCCGGACGACCCCGCUGUGUACAACAUCCUCAUGUUCUGCGGAUGUGGAGUUCAAUCAACUAAUUCAAGGUGCAUCGAAGAUUACAAGCUUGGUGUGGAUGGACGCUCUUGCCAACUCAUCACAGAGACCUGUCCAGAGGGAGGUGACUGUGGGGAAAGCAGAGAGCUCCCCAUGAACCAGACCCUCUUUGGGGAGAUGUUCUUUGGUUACAACAACCAUUCCAAGGAAGUGGCUGCUGGACAGGUGCUGAAAGGAACAUUCAGGCAAAACAACUUUGCUCGAGGUUUAGACCAGCAACUGCCAGAUGGCCUUGUGGUGGCCACUGUCCCCCUGGAGAACCAGUGCCUGGAGGAAAUCUCAGAACCAACCCCGGACCCAGACUUCUUGACUGGGAUGGUGAAUUUCAGCGAGGUGUCCGGAUACCCCGUCCUGCAGCACUGGAAGGUCCGCUCUGUGAUGUACCACAUCAAACUCAAACAAGUGACUGUCUCUCAGGCCCUCAGCAAUGCUCUCCACUCCCUAGACGGGGCUACAUCUCGUGGGGAUUUUGUAGCCUUGUUGGACCAGUUUGGCAAUCAUUACAUCCAGGAAGCUAUCUACGGCUUUGAGGAAUCCUGCUCUAUCUGGUACCCAAACAAGCAGGUCCAGCGGCGACUCUGGCUGGAAUAUGAAGACAUCAGCAAAGGCAACUCCCCAUCUGACGAGUCAGAGGAGCGGGAAAGAGACCCCAAGGUGCUGACAUUCCCAGAAUACAUUGCCAGCUUGUCAGAGUCUGGCACCAAGCGCAUGGCGGCUGGAGUCCGCAUGGAGUGCCAGAGCAAGGGACGGUGCCCCUCGUCCUGCCCCCUGUGUCAUGUGACAUCCAGCCCUGACACCCCUGCCGAGCCAGUUCUGCUGGAGGUGACCAGAGCAGCCCCCAUCUAUGAACUGGUCACCAACAACCAGACGCAGAGGCUCUUGCUGGAGGCCACCAUGAGCUCCCUCUGGUGCUCCGGGACAGGAGAUGUCAUCGAGGACUGGUGUCGAUGUGACCCCACCGCUUUCGGAACUGACGGACUCCCUGCCUGUGCGCCUCUCCCACAGCCCGUGCUCAGACUGUCCACGGUUCACGAGCCCAGCAGCACCCUCGUGGUCCUGGAGUGGGAACACUCAGAGCCUCCGAUCGGGGUGCAGAUUGUAGAUUACCUCAUCCGUCAAGAAAAGGUCACUGACAGGAUGGACCACUCCAAAGUGGAGACAGAAACGGUGCUGAGCUUUGUUGAUGACAUCAUCUCCGGAGCAAAGUCUCCUUGUGCGAUGCCCUCUCAGGUCCCGGACAAGCAGCUCACCACCAUCUCUCUGAUCAUACGAUGCCUGGAACCUGACACCAUCUACAUGUUCACCCUGUGGGGAGUGGACAACACAGGACGACGCUCCAGGCCAAGUGACGUGAUCGUGAAGACCCCUUGCCCAGUGGUGGAUGAUGUCAAAGCCCAAGAAAUAGCAGACAAGAUCUACAAUCUCUUCAAUGGCUAUACCAGUGGGAAGGAGCAGCAGACCGCCUACAACACCCUUCUGGAUCUGGGUUCCCCCACCCUCCAUCGAGUCCUCUACCACUAUAACCAGCAUUAUGAGAGUUUUGGAGAAUUCACCUGGCGGUGUGAGGAUGAAUUAGGCCCCAGGAAAGCUGGCCUCAUCCUUUCUCAGCUUGGGGAUCUCAGCAGCUGGUGCAAUGGACUCCUUCAGGAACCCAGGAUAAGCUUGCGACGCAGCCCCCUCAAGUACCUGGGCUGCCGCUACAGCGAGAUCAAGCCCUACGGACUUGACUGGUCAGAGCUCAGCCGGGACCUUAGGAAGACGUGUGAGGAGCAGACCCUGAGCAUCCCUUACAACGAUUAUGGGGCCAGCAAGGACAUCUAGCGCCGUGACGCCAGAGAGCAGCUGCCAAAAGGAAGCAGGAGAAAAGGAGGGGAAACGUCUGGGUUGGUGUGUGGAUUUUGAAUAUCUUUAAGGGAACGUUCAAACCUCCACAGGCAACAUCUAAACCAGGGAGAAGGUGAUCCUUGCUUCCUGCAGAACUUCUCGGGUAUCAUGUUCUCCAUCUGUGUGGUCAGUAAGCCUGCUAGCCAGGGCUUCCUAAAUUUCUUCUUAGGGAAUUACUUUGGGGCUUGUUUUGCGGUUAAUUUGUUUUGUUCAUUUUUUUGUCCAAGAGGUUCAUCAAAAUGCUCGGGUUCUGCCAUGCUUCUCAUGAAAGGGCCAUCAGGUUGGCGCACCCUGUGCUCACUGAGUUCCUAUGCCCCUUGCACCUGGGGACAGAGAUGAAGCCAGAAAGUUGUAGAGUGGCCUCAGACCCCAGCCUCAGAUGUCCUAGGGAAGCUCUCACACUAAGAGCCUAAGCUCUGCUCACAGACAACAACAGCAAGAAAACUGGGAAGGUGGCCCCUGUGUAGGUCUCAUGGUUUCCCCCCCUUCCCCAGCCUUCCGACUGCUAUCUUCAUGCUGCAAAGGUGAACUUAGCCUCCAUUAUGGGCCCCCGUCGGCCUCCUGGAUUUUUAGGUCCUCCCCCAUUUUAAGGGAAUUAAAUCUCCCUCUGGAAGAACUCUGCCCUCUCCUCUGAACAAUAUAUCUUUAAGAGGCAAUAACAUGCUACCUGUCUAACGCACCUGCAGAGCAGUCCACCUGGGAGUCUGGUUAGCAGUCCAUGUUCUAGAAAAAAAAAAUGUAGUUUCUUCUUUUAAAAAAACUCCUGUACCUCCAGGGUGAACUUCUGCAGACCAGUAGUGCACAUGGCAUGCCCGGAUCCUCUGUGGUGUCCGCGCCGCUUACCUUGCACAGAUCCGUCCUGGCUGAUGUCCGCUCUGGUCAGGACGGGUCAAGACCUCCAUGUCAGUGUUUUAGUGAACUCAAGUUAUUACCCAUCACAAAACACUUCCGUCCUUCGCCAAAUUUACUUAGUUAUGUUGCUAGUUUUGCAAAUCAUUUUUCUAGAUGAGGAGUCCACCAUUUUCACCCCCCAUCUAGUUGCCAGGAGCAGCAGAGGUUCUGUGUAGGUGAGCUCCGCUGACCACAGGUAAGGGCCAGGCCACUGCUUCUGCCCGCUCCCCGAGCACUGGCACCGGCACAAGUGGGGGCCUGGCCAACGGGAAGUCCAGCCUCUCAGAAAGAGCUCUGCAGGGCCCUGUGGACCAGCAAUGGCCUUAAUUGUCCUCACACACCUCAGAGGCCUGAACACGCACCUUCAGCCACCCUGCCUUUGACCAGGGCUCCUCAUUUGGAAACACAAGAGAAAGGUCAGGAAGGAGAUGCAGAAUCUAUAAGGCCUGUCACUGAGCCCUAUUGAAUUUUUUCUAAAUGGUUAGAAUGACAGAGCUUGUUUGUUGAGUGCUUACUGUGUGCCAGACGCUGCUCUAAGCACUUUACAUAUCGCUGAAUUCUAACAACAGCUCGUUUCUUACCUACGUGAACCACCAUUUGAAUUCAGGCUGUCGGACUCCAGAGCACAGGAUUUUAACCCCUCGCCCUCCUCAGCUCUGCUUUCCUUACUGCCCGGGGCGUGCAGCUCUCCCUGGCCCCUGCCUCCGUGGCACAGAUAGGCCUGCAGUGCGUUGCAGUGGGAGGAGGGCACAGUGCAUCCUAACCCUGCAGCCGGGGUGCCCUUUGGGACCACGGAUCUGCAGCACAAGCCUUCUCCCCACCAGUGCCUGGGAGUGCCUAUGGCAGGGCUGCAAGCACAGGUGACCUCACGCCCCUCUCUGCAUCUUUCUGCAGAAAGAUGGAAAGACAGUAUAUCGACUCUGGAAUGCACCCCCCCCUCAGUUCCAGAGCAAAGGCUGGCAGAAAACUCUGAGACCCGCCUGGGGUCAAUGCCGGGUGGUGGGUGAAAUACCUCAGAAGCCAGUGUCUCGCCUUGACCGGAGAGGAAGGGGUACAGGAGGCAGCAGCGGGACCCCAGCCAAUGGGGCGGGGCCUUGGUGAGAGCUGGUUUUGCUGCUGCUACUCCUUUAUUUAAGUCUGCACAGAAAGCUGGGUCCGCACAGCAGAGGACCAGGACCUUGGGCCAGAGCGGGGGGCUGGGGAGUGGCAUCAGGGACACCGUUCCUUGUCCCUCCUUCUGUGUUAUUAAAAUAAAGCACGCUCACGCUUUCCCUCCCUCCUCCUGUCUCCCCCCAGGCCCCUCCUCAUCUUUGUCUGCUUCUCCUGCCUGAUACCCUUCCUCAUCAGCGCCGUCCUUCUCCCUCCGGGACCCUCUCCCUCCUUCAGUGUCCCCUGUGCCCUCCACACAUACACACAGUAUGUGCACACACGCACACACAACACGCACUCUACACAGUAUAUACACACAC